AUGCUGGAACGGGCUGCCGGAUGCCUUGAGAACGCAGGUCGGCGUUUCUUCCGGGAUGCCAACGGGGUGCUUCGGGGUCGAAGAUCGUGGUAUUCUCAUAUAAGGCAAAAAAAUGGAACGAAUGCGGACGGUGCCCCUCGGCCACAUUUACACACUUCGACAUCAGACCACCGAGCUUCGAAUACCGACGAUGCCACUCCGAAAGCAAGCAAACUUACGGCCAACAUGCGGGCUCCGGUCCUCGAUUUCCUCUAUCCCCCACGUACCCAGGAGUUCGCCGCCCUGUGUUUGUUACGUCCAUCUCGGAGACUUGUCCUGCGACGCAAGAAGAAGCAGAUCUCCGCUCUUUCCAGGAGUUAUACAUCUGAAGCCGCAGAUCUAUAUCACCCCGCGAAUCUAGACAAGACAGCGAUAGAAAUAAUUGGUGGGAGAGCGGACGAAGCCGAUCGUAAACGGGCAAAGCAAGACCUUCGAUCACUGCUCGACGACCCUGAAGGAGGACAGUAUGACAAGGCUUGGGGCCUCUACGCGAGAGCUGGUCAUCCUCCGGAGGUGAAUACGACUCUCCUGGCGCGCUUGAGCACCUCGUCAAGCCCCAAUGAUAAUAGGCGGGCUCAAAGGUUGUUUGAAAGCAUCGCUGCGGAUACUCGAUCCGCUGAAGACUAUCUGCACAUGGCAAGAUCAUUCGUGGCUGUUGGGCAGCCCGCUGAAAUCAACAAGGUGUGCGGGGAUGCCAAAAGCCGGGGCCUUGAUAUUCCUUGCUGGGCUUUUACCUUUGCACAUUUUGUCAACGAAGCACAAUGGAACUCUGCCGAAGAGGCUUGGGAUUCGCGACCACCAUCUUCGGAGAAGGAGCUAUUCGACGCUCUCACCUCUCAAUUGGACGAGACUAGCCUGCCCAAUACUUUACUUGCAUUCGCCGGAAAUUUAGAGAGACGGGAGCCUUCUCGGUCUUCGCACGGCCUCGCUCGAUUCUUACUCGACUGCGCUUUCUCCAAUUUACGAGUAGCAGAAAGUAUGUCGACAGACCACCUCCUUCUCCUCUUGAGGGAGUACAAUUCCUUGGGUAUCAUCACAGUGAAACAGUAUUUCACACUCAUCCGGACCCUUCAGUCAUCAGAUAUUCGAUCCACCUUCAUCAAGUCUAUUGUGGUGUAUCGCAACUUCCGCUGGCAGAUGGAACACGAAGUGCCCUCAACACACAUUCUAGGCGGCUUUUUGCGAUCCCUGACUCAUUUUGAGAUUACAACUGGGAUCCAGUAUUUUCUAGAUGAAUACACCCGUUUUUAUGGCAAGCCAUCCAUCGAUGCAUACAAAAACGCGCUGAUUGUGUUCUCAAGAGCCGGAGAUGUGGAAAAUAUCAGCAGUGUGUUUGAUAAAUUUCUACAGGACCAUGGGAAGCCCUUGAGUCGAAGACUCUUGACUCCUCUUCUCUAUGUUCACGCUAGGGUCGGUGACGUGCGAGAGACCCUGCGCCAGUUUGAGAGAAUUUCGAAGGAAUUUGGUCUCAAGCAGAAUACUGUGUGCUGGAAUAUUCUUCUCACUGCGUAUGCCAAUGCGGAUGACUUUGAAGGCGCAUUCGCGACUUUUAAGAGGAUGCUGAAACAGGACGUGGAGCCGAACUCACAUACGUUUGGAACGUUGAUGGGUCUCUGUGCCAACCGGGGAGAUAUCGACGCCGUUCGCCAUCUGCUUUCCCUCGCGAAGAAGCGCUCUGUGCAGAUCACCGCGCCCUUGCUUGACACGAUUGUUGAAGCUUAUUGUAACAACCAAGAGUUAGAAAUGGCCGAGAGUGUUGCCGAGAGCUGUCUUGGUCUGGAUGUCAAAGGAUCGCGGGUCAGAAUGUGGAAUCUUCUUCUGUGGAACUACGCCUUUAGAAUGGAUUUGGAUUCCAUUUCCAGAAUACGUUCUCGCAUGGACCACGCUGGACUACAACCCGAUGGCAUGACAUACGCGGCUCUCAUGCUCAGCUUGGUUCUUAUAGGGCAGACGGAUUCCGCGCGUCGCAUUCUCAGAACCCUCCAUCGGAGUCACCGGAUGUACGCAACAGAGUUCCAUUAUGCCAUCAUCCUGUAUGGCUAUGUGAAAGAUCGGAACCGAGACAUGGUCCACAUCAUUUUCCGCGAGAUCAAGGAACGUUUCAACCGACCUGGUUUCAGCUCGAGACUCCUUGUCCUCAAAAGCCAGUUGCAGCGUGACCUGGAGCUCAUCAAGGCCGGCGGCAGGGCAGUUAGUGGUGCGCAUGUACGGCUUGAGAAUGCAGAGAAGUUCCUCGCAGAGACUAUUGCCGAUUUUGACAGGACUCAAAUGGCGUCGAAGCAACCAUCACCUGGCGCAGGAAGACAACCCCCUACCCGAGCUUUUCCCGCUAUGUACUACGAGUCUAUGAUCACGGCGUACGGUACUAGGGGUGCUUCUGAGAAAGUCCGAGAGCUGUUCGAUCAAUUUCUUGACGGCCGACAACCCUCCGCCUCUGGAGAACAUAUCUAUGAUGUGGCGCCACUACGCCUCGUUUCGGCACUGAUGCUCAAUUACCUGAAGUCGGAGCAGUAUAAAAAGGUGGAAGAGUGUUGGAAAAUCACAUUUCCUCGUGCCAUUAAGAUGGCCACCGCGCCCGAUCUCGACAGAUGGCUCUCCGAUCAAUUACGACCUACGGAGACUCCAGAGCCACCUCGCCCUAUAUUGCCAAAAUCUGCCAAAGGCCGUAGGGAGCUGCUAGUCAGCUCCACAACCUCGGAGUGCACUGCAUUGAAUCGACCCUCUAUCUUGCCAGCAUGCCGAUUCCUGCUAUCGCGCCCCCUCUCCCUGUACAUGCGGUCACUAGCCUACCGCAAUGAGUCUUGGAAGAUACCCCAUCUAGUAGCAGAAGUACAGAAAGCGGGAUUCAGCCUGACCACGUUCAAUUGGUCCACUUUUGUGCAGAUGUUGGCCUCUUCCGACAAGGCUUCCGACCAGGUUGAGGCGUUUACUGUCUUUGAAGAUAAGUUUAUGCCCAACUUCCCAGGAUGGAAUAACAUCCGCCGGGGCUAUGGACUAAAACCUCUCGGCGUGCCUUCUACCAUCGAUGUCAUGGAGAACCCGAGGCGUGGAAAGCCCCCCAAUGUGCUUGGCAAGGAGUCUCGACGUUACUGGAGCAAAAUCCAGCCCGACUUCAUGCAGCCUACUUACAUCUCGAUGGUCUAUCUGGCGUCGGCCUUGCAUGGUUUCCGAGAGAGGAGUAUCUUCGACGGAGGGGUGGAAGUGGAAUCCCUCUACAAGACUGCACCCAAGACGAUUGCGGCCAUCGCAGAAAUGCCCUAUCUUCGUGAGAAGUUUCAGGGAGUCUUGCUCCGACGUCGUGAGGAGCAAGGUGACAGAAAAGAUGAUCUGGGAGGACGUGAUCCCUUCGUCUGGACUGGCGGCAUCCUCGGCGUGGGUGGUAAACCAAGACCCCCAACGGCGGUUGAACAGCUAGCUGUCGAAGCAAACAAGGAUGAGCAGACGCCGACCAACGACCAAUUGAAGUCAGAGCCAGCUCCUACGGGCACAAACAAGUUCGACGUUAACACAGAACCUGUACCGGAAGGCCUGGUCUCGCUUCGCGCUAAGACCAUUGACUACCAAGACGAAUUCGAUAUUGAGGCAGAGACCCUUCUGGGGGCCGAGCGAGAAUCAUUAGAAGCGAACGAAGAACUAUUGGAUAAUGAACAUCGCGUCAACAUCGAUGAGCAGAAUGAAGCGGAGAUGACCGAUGAAUAUCUUUAUGAAGACGAAGAAGUGCAGGAUGAAUUUGCAUCUUGGCAAGAACAACGAGAAGAGGAAGAACCUUCCGAACUUGAAAACGAGCACGCAGAUGAAAACCAUGACGGCAGCGUGAAGCAAGAUGCAUAG